AUGGAGUACGUCGAGCAUCGCAUGAACGACGAGGCCGUCAAAGAAGCCGCCAGCUCCGGCCUCGUCUCGCCCCUCAACAUCGUCCUCCUCUCCAUCAUCCUCUACACAGCCUACUCCACCUUCUUCGCCAAAUCCUCCUACCCUCAACUCCCAAAACCCCCUCCCCCCGUCGUAUUCAAGACCUACAACCCGCACACCCUCCUGCCCUUCAACGGCGAAAACGGCGCCCCCGUCUUCCUCGCCGUCCGCGGCGCCGUAUUCGACGUCUCCCGCGGCCGUAACUUCUACGGUCCCGGCGGGCCGUACGCGAAUUUCGCGGGCAGGGAUGCGAGCCGUGGGUUGGCGUGCGGGAGUUUUGAUGAGGAUAUGUUGACCAAGGAUUUGGAUGGGCCGCUGGACACGUUGGCGGAUUUGGGGGCGGAGGAGAUGGAUGCGCUGAGGGGGUGGGAGGAGAGGUUUACGGAGAAGUAUGACAUUAUUGGAAAGUUUGUGUCGAUGAAGGAUUUUGAGGAGCUUGAGAAGAAGGAGUGA